AUAUGCACUACCCGGGGAAGCUGGAAGAUGGAACAGAGUUUGACAACAGUCUGCCUCAGAACCAGCCCCUUGUUUUCUCCCUUGGUACCGGCCAAGUCCUCAAGGGCUGGGACCAGGGGCUGCUGGGGAUGUGCAAAGGGGAAAAGAGGAAGCUGGUGAUCCCAUCUGAGCUGGGGUAUGGAGAACGGGGAGCACGCCCAAAGAUCCCAGGUGGAGCAACCCUGGUGUUCGAGGUGGAGCUGCUCAAGAUUGAGAGAUGUUCAGAACUGUAGAAGGCUGCAGCGGAGGCAAGGCCCCA